CAAUGUUGGCUAAUAUUAUUAUUUUCAUCUAAAAUUUCAGGCAUUUACCGAUUUACUUAGCUUCCCAGGUGUUUCCAACCUUACGACUACGGCUCUAUUUGAGAGCUUCACGUAGGUUUGCAAGGAUUGCAGAAGAGCGAUCCUGGUGAUUCGGACCAAGAGUUAUCUCCGCUUCAACGUAUUCUGAUAAUUGGCAGAUUGAUUCGUUGGGUGAAACGCCACAAAAAAUUGGUUCGACCCUUAAAUUUGGCAAAGUUAGCCGUUCAGAAAUAGGCAAUUUCAUUAAUCUGCCCCGAUUAAGGGUUUGGUGACGCUUCGGAGUGUUUCUAGCAAUGGGAUAUGAUGAUGAUCGUUACCGUGAUGAAGAUGGGGAGCCAAUUAUGGAUCCAGACAUGCAAUCAGAUAGAGAAGUCACUCCAGAGCCAGCGGACGAGGAGGAUUGGCAACAAGAACAAUCCCCAUCUCCAGCCUUUGAUUCUGGAGAAGAUGAUAGUCCCAAACCUAAACCAAGAAAAAGGCUUAUAAAGAAGAGUGUGCAGGAAAGUUCUGAUGAGGCAGAACAAUCACGGAAGAGGAAAAGUAAAGACGGAGCAAGUAGUGACUCUAAGAAAAAAAGGAAAUCCAAGGAUGAUGGCGAUGGGAGGGAAAAGAAGUCAAAAUCCAAGUCUGGAUCUGCAAAUAAGUUCAAGAGACUUGCAAAAUCUGGAGGAAAGGGUGAGAGCUCUAGGAGUGACAGAGGUGAUACAGAAAUGAAAGAAAUGUGGGACACAAUUGCUGGAGCUGAUUCAGAAGAUGACCAAGAGGGCCAAAGGACCAGAGAUGAUGAUGCCUUUAUUGAUGAUGCUGGGGUUGAUCCGCGUGAUCGUUUCCGUAGUGAUGAUGAAGGUUCUAUUGGUGAUGCUCCACAGGCAGAGGAGGGAGAAGAAGAUGAUGAAGUCAACAACCUUUUCAAAUCUGGGAAGAAGAAAAAGAAGGGUGUUGACCGCACUCCUGAGGAAACUGCAAUGCUUGUUGAGCAGUUCAUGGCUAAGCUUGAAGUUGCAGCUGAGGAAGAUGCUGAACUGAAUCGUAAAUCUAAACCUGCUAUUAAUAAGCUCAAAAUGUUACCUGUGCUUACGGAGGUGCUUUCCAAGAGACAAUUGCAACAAGAAUUCUUAGAUCGAGGGGUCCUUUCGGUUUUAAAAAAUUGGCUUGAGCCACUGCCUGAUGGCUGUUUGCCCAAUAUAAAUGUUCGUACUGCAAUUUUGAAGAUUUUAACAGAUUUACCUAUAGAUGUUGAACAGUAUGAUAGAAAGGAACAACUAAAGAAAAGUGGAUUGGGAAAGGUUAUCAUGUUCUUGUCCAAAUCAGAUGAGGAGAUGCAAUCUAAUAGGAGGCUUGCAAGAGAUCUUGUUGACAAAUGGAGCCGGCCAAUAUUCCAAAAGAGUACUCGAUAUGAAGAUAUGAGAAAUUUCGAUGAAGACAAGGUUCCAUAUCGAAGACCACCACUAAAAAAGCCUGUAGCAAAAGCUGUUGGUUUGGAGUCACAAGAUGAUGACCUCGACUUGGUGGAACUUUCUCAGGAACCUAAGCCUGGGGAAGCAGGUUAUAGACAACAUGCUGCCCGGCCUGAAGCAUUACCAAUGGACUUUGUAGUGCGUCCUCAGUCAAAGAUUGACCCUGAAGAAAUCAGAGCCCGUGCAAAACAACUCAAACAAGAUGAGCGUCGAGCAAAGAUGAAUAAGAAGCUGCAGAAUCUGAAAGCUCCGAAAAAAAAGAAACUUCAAGCAACGAAGAUCAGUGUUGAAGGGCGUGGUAUGGUGAAAUAUUUCUAGUUAAGAAAUGCAAAUUUAAUUCUAGUUCCUCGUGGCAAAUCUGGUGGGGACUUAAUCAGAAACCUAAUUGUACUCUGGUUCACUUACAUUCAUUAUGUUUUUUCAUAAGAUGCAUUCAACCUAAUUUUUUCUAUUUUUCAUGGCACAAGCUUGAAAAAAAUUUGCCAUAUGGCAUCAAAAAGUUUUGGCAUGGUGAUAGAGAAAAAGAAGUCUCUGAUCUCUUUGUCAUUUAGUUUAUAAAUGUAUGGACAAUAGAUACGCAUUUAACCCUGAAUUUUGAUUUAUGGAAUUAAAUCUACCCAGCUAUCUUUGUAAUGUUUA